AGGAGGAUUUGGACAUUGUUGUUACUCGGUAGUGAUACGGUCAUCCCUAAAAGAAAGGUGGCAAAUAUGGCAUUAUCUAUACUAGAUUAAAGCGUUGAGCUACGAAGUUAUACAUUGAACAUAUAUUUUGGUAACAUUUUAUUCAGAAAACAGGUAUAUUGUUCCGGAACCGUGCAAGGAAACUGAAGAGAGACACUAUGAAGUUCUUCGGCAGCAAACUUACAACAGUGACAGCUUCAAGGCUAAAUUAGCAAAGAAUGUAACUAGAAAGUGUCUUCGAUUUUCGCAAAAAGUGGUAUACGCGGUGGAUACGAAGCGGAAGGAAUGUACUUGGGAUGGAUGACAAUUAGCCUAUAACCUACUGCUAGCUGCACCAGGAAUAUCGACAUUUCAACUCCACGGAACUAAAGCAUGAUGUACAGAAACGUUAGCUACUAGCUAACGUUUGAUGAUAGCUCCGCAAGUAGCGAGCUAGCUAAGUUUUAUUUUAAAUGAAUGGAUGUCGUACAUUGGACAGUUUUAUUAACAAUGUGACGAUCAAAGAGGAUUGCAGCGUUUUUUACCUUGGAAAACCACUGAUUAACGUUUGAAUUAAAUGGGUAACCUAGGCACAACUUUAAAUGGAUAAAACUGCGAGAUCUGGUAAAAUAAUGCACCAUUAUCCUGGCACAUAAAGAUUUAAACCGCGACUGAUAUCCAAAACAAAGUGCGGUCGCAAACAUGUGUAGAAUAUCUAACGUUAUGUUAUUUCAAUUAUGACAUAAUUUGAGUUAUAGAGUUGCUGAAUUAAAUUUACUUGGGCAAUCCCCCCAGUAACUAUCUUAUGUUCACAUUUUAAUGGGGAGUCAUUUUACUGAUCUUGUCCUGUGCCCCAGGUAGCUCACAGCCCUGACUGCAAUUCACGUUGCUACGCAGGGGAGUGGUGGGGGUUGGACUCCGCCGCCCGGCUUGGCCCAGCAAUUUCCUUAUGAUGGAAUAAGACUGGAAUUAUUUUUAUUUUACAGUUUUGUCUUUGAGACGACUAAAAAACAAUAUUGUCAUGUCGCCCAACUGUUCGUAUAUCAAGAAAUUGUCUUCAUUGAAAUGAUUUUCUGUAGAUUAAAACAAUCAUGAUGAACAUGUAGAAGUUCCCGAAUCAACAAUAUCUGCGCUAGCUAAUUGAAAGAUGGCCUAAUCAUGGACUGACGAUAUAUGACAUGUCAACAUAAUACGUUUUUAACUCGAAUAAUAUUGGCUUCUUUUUUUAAAGAAAAUUUAGCAGUUUUGAGUUCAUCAUGUCUGAUUUUGCUGAAUUCGUACCACCUCCCGAGUGCCCAGUUUUUGAACCGAGUUGGGAAGAUUUUUCGGAUCCACUAGGAUUUAUAAACAAGAUUCGACCUAUUGCAGAGAAAACUGGCAUCUGCAAAAUUCGACCGCCUGAGGACUGGACGCCACCUUUUGCCUGUGAUGUACGCAAUUUCCGCUUUACUCCCAGAGUACAGAGACUUAAUGAAUUGGAAGCCCUCACUCGAGUCAAGCUUAACUUCCUGGAUCAGAUUGCCAAAUUCUGGGAGCUGCAGGGAUCCAAGCUACGCUUUCCUCAUGUGGAGAGGAAGAUCCUGGAUCUUUACCAGCUCAGUAAGAUUGUCUCAUCCGAAGGAGGCUUUGAGACUGUGUGUAAGGAGAAGAGAUGGUCCAAAGUGGCCAGUCGGUUGGGUUUCCCCUCAGGAAAAGGUACAGGCUCUCUGCUGCGCUCCCACUUUGAAAGGAUCCUCUACCCUUACGAGUUGUUCCAGUCUGGAGCCACCCUCACUGGUAUCCAGCGCCUGUACAAGGAGGGCGAAGAUGGGGAGGAGCAGGACGAGGGGAUGGGGGAAGAAAGGGGAGAGGAUGAGGAUGAAGACGAAGACGACAGAGAGAAGGACAGGGAUAGCCUGUUCGAUGGCUCUCUGAACAAGAACCGCCCUCUCCCCGAGAGACGCUCCCGACGCCUGAAGUCCGAGGUCGGUGAUGAGAGGGAAAAUAAAGAACCCAAGAGCCGGCAAAUCUUUGGCAGUGGUCCCAAGAUGGUCGGGUUAGAGAUUGUCCCGGCUGAAGACGAUGGGUUCAAUAGGAAGCAGCGGCACCUGAAGGCCCAGGCCUUCGCCAUUAAGAUGCGACCCCGCAAAGAAACCCUGGAGGUGAACUUUAUCCCGCAGAUUGACAUGUACAUGUGCCUAAUGUGUGGGCGGGGCGAUGAGGAGGACCGCCUCCUGCUGUGUGACGGAUGUGAUGACAGCUAUCACACCUUCUGUCUGAUCCCGCCCCUACAGGAUGUCCCCAAGGGUGAAUGGCGGUGUCCCAAGUGUGUCGCUGAGGAGUGCAGUAAGCCACGGGAAGCAUUCGGCUUUGAGCAGGCUGUGAGGGAGUACACCCUCCAGAGCUUCGGCGAGAUGGCUGACCACUUCAAGUCCGACUAUUUCAACAUGCCAGUGCACAUGGUGCCAACAGAGCUAGUUGAGAAAGAGUUCUGGCGUCUGGUGAGCUCCAUUGAGGAGGAUGUCAUAGUGGAGUACGGGGCUGACAUCAGCUCUAAAGACGUGGGCAGCGGCUUCCCUGUGAGGGACGGCAAAAGGAGGCUGCUGGGAGACGAAGAGGAGUAUGCCAACUCUGGGUGGAACCUAAACAACAUGCCAGUCCUGGAGCAGUCAGUGCUCACCCACAUCAACGUGGACAUCUCUGGCAUGAAGGUGCCCUGGCUUUAUGUGGGCAUGUGCUUCUCUUCCUUCUGCUGGCACAUCGAGGACCACUGGAGCUACUCCAUCAACUUCCUGCACUGGGGGGAACCCAAGACUUGGUACGGAGUUCCAGCCCACGCGGCAGAGCAGCUGGAGGCGGUGAUGAAGAAGCUGGCCCCGGAGCUGUUUGAUUCUCAGCCUGACCUGCUGCACCAGCUUGUCACCAUCAUGAACCCCAAUGUCCUCAUGGAGCACGGGGUGCCCGUUUUUCGGACCAACCAGUGUGCAGGGGAGUUUGUGGUGACUUUCCCCAGAGCCUAUCACAGUGGCUUCAACCAGGGAUACAACUUCGCUGAGGCUGUCAACUUCUGCACUGCGGACUGGCUCCCGAUGGGUCGUCAGUGUGUGUCCCACUACCGGAGACUCCACCGCUACUGUGUUUUCUCCCACGAGGAGCUGCUGUGCAAGAUGGCUGCCGACCCAGAAAGCCUGGACGUGGAGCUGGCCGCUGCCGUGUUCAGAGAGAUGGGAGAGAUGAUGGAGGAGGAGACCCUGCUUAGACGGGCCGUGCAGGAGAUGGGUGUGCUGUCGUCAGAGCUGGAGGUGUUCGAGCUGCUGCCUGACGACGAGCGCCAGUGUCAGAAGUGUAAGACCACCUGCUUCCUGUCUGCUCUGACAUGUCCCUGCAGCCCGGAGAGCCUCGUCUGUCUGCACCACUCCAAGGAGCUCUGUGACUGCCCCAUGGGAAACAAAUGUCUCCGCUUCCGGUAUGAUCUGGAGGAGUUUCCCUCCAUGCUGCAUGGGGUGAAGUCCAGAGCCCAGUCCUAUGACACGUGGGCCAAGAGGGUCACUGAGGCCCUGGCUGCUGACCACAAAAACAAGAAAGACCUAAUAGAGCUGAAGGUUCUUCUGGAGGAUGCUGAGGACAGGAAAUACCCAGAGAACAGUCUGUUUCGUCGGCUCAGGGAGAUGGUGAAGGAGGCCGAGACCUGCUCCUCUGUGGCUCAGCUACUGCUCAGCCGCAAGCAGAGGCACAGUACAAGGCUUCGUCCAGAGAGCAGCAGGACGCGUAACAAGCUCACCGUGGAGGAGCUGAAGGCCUUCGUAGAGCAGCUCUUCCGAUUACCCUGUAUCAUCGCUCAGGCUCGACAGGUCAAAGAGUUACUAGAGAACGUGGAAGACUUCCAUGAGAGAGCUCAGAUAGCCCUGGCUGAUGAGCUGCCGGACUCGUCCAAGCUACAGGCCCUGAUAGACCUGGGUGGGGGUCUGGACGUGGAGCUACCAGAGCUGCCCCGGCUCAAACAGGAGCUUCAGCAGGCCCGCUGGCUGGACGAGGUGCGCGUGGCGCUGGCUGAGCCUCACAGGGUGACCCUGGAGCUGAUGAAGAGGCUGAUUGACUCCGGGGUGGGGCUGGCACCUCACCACGCUGUGGAGAAGGCCAUGGCCGAGCUACAGGAGAUCCUUACCGUGUCAGAGAGAUGGGAGGACAAGGCCCGGGCCUGCCUCCAGGCUAGGCCUCGACACAGCAUAGUAACCCUGGAGAGCAUUGUGAUGGAGGCCAGGAACAUACCGGCCUAUCUGCCCAACGUCCUGGCCCUCAGAGAGGCUUUGCACAAAGCCAAGGAGUGGAGCUCCAAGGUGGAUGCUAUUCAGGUAGUGUCGCGUCGCACGAGUGGCACUAACUAUGCAUACCUGGAGCAGCUGGAGAGUCUGCUGGCCAGGGGGCGUUCCAUCCCCGUCCGACUGGACCCCCUGCCCCAGGUAGAGUCCCAGGUGGCCUCAGCCCGAGCCUGGAGGGAGAGGACCGCUCGCACCUUUCUCAAGAAGAACUCAACACACACCUUACUGCAGGUCCUCAGUCCGCGUGUGGAUAUUGGUAUCUAUGGGAACAGCAAGAGCAAACGGAAACGAGUCAAAGAGCUCCUGGAGAAGGAACGGGGCGGCCUGGACCUGGAGAGUCUCAGCGACCUGGAUGAGAGUUAUGAAGACGCCCGCGACCCCGCCGCCGUUGUGUCAGCGUUCAAGUCCAAGGAGCAGAAAGAGGUGGAGGCCAUCCACUCUCUCCGAGCCGCCAACCUGGCCAAGAUGGCCAUGGCGGACCGCAUCGAGGAGGUCAAGUUCUGCCUGUGCCGCAAGACGGCCAGCGGGUUUAUGCUCCAGUGUGAACUGUGCAAGGACUGGUUCCACGGCGCCUGUGUGCCGCUACCCAAAACCGGGUCCCAGAAGAAGCUUGUGGGUUCAGCAGGAUGGCAGAGCAACAGCAAGGAGGCCAAGUUCCUGUGUCCGCUGUGCCAGCGUUCGCGUCGCCCACGACUUGAGACCAUCUUGUCUCUCCUGGUGUCUCUCCAGAAGCUGCCGGUUCGUCUUCCCGAGGGGGAGGCCCUUCAGUGCCUCACGGAGAGGGCCAUGGGCUGGCAGGACCGCGCCAGGCAGGCCCUGGCUACAGACGAGCUGUCCUCUGCCCUGGCCAAACUGUCCGUCCUCAGCCAGCGCAUGGUGGAGCAGGCAGCCCGGGAGAAGACGGAAAAGAUCAUCAACGCCGAGCUGCAGAAGGCCGCCGCUAAUCCUGACCUGCAGGGUCACAUCCAAACGUUUCAGCAGGCUGGGUUCAGCAGGGCAGCGUCGCCACGCCCGUCCGUCGACUACGACGACGAGGAGACUGACUCGGAUGAGGACAUCCGGGAGACGUACGGCUACAACAUCAAGGACCUUGGGGAAGUGAAGCCCUACCUGUUCUGUGACGAGGAGAUUCCUGUGAAGUCUGAGGAGGUAGUCAGUCACAUGUGGCCCACCACGCCCUCCUUCUGUGCUGAACACGCCUACUCCUCUGCCUCCAAGUCCUGCCCCCAGAACCAGGGCACCCCCAGGAAGCAGCCCAGGAAGACCCCUCUGGUUCCCCGCUCCCUGGAGCCCCCGGUGCUGGAACUGUCCCCCCCAGCCAAGGCCCAGCUGGAGGAGCUGAUGAUGGUGGGGGACCUGCUGGAGGUGUCCCUGGACGAGACCCAGCACAUCUGGAGGAUCCUGCAGGCCACACACCCUCCUUCUGAGGAAAGGUUCCUACAGGUCAUGGAGCCCGAUGAUUCUCAGUUUGAGAAGCCCAUGAAGAUCAAGAUAAAAGACUCAGAGAAGAAGAGGAAGAGGAAGCUGGAGAGGGCGGAGCACCAGCUCCUCAUGGCGGCCGCGUCUGGCCCAGGGGGGGUACGAGACGCCAUGCGUUCCCCCAAGUCCUCCAAGGAUCUGAAGCGUAGCCUCUUGGAUCCUCUUGGAAAACCCAAGAAGAAGAAGCUGAAGCUGAACUCCGAUAAGAGCCGUGAGCUGAAACAGCUGGCCAAGCGCCUGGCUAAAGAGGAGAAAGAGAGGAAGAGGAAGGAGAAGGCAGCGAUAAAGGCUGAGGCUGUCAGGGAGGGAAUGGAGAAAAGGAAAGAGAAGAAGAUCCUGGAUAUACCCUCAAAGUACGACUGGUCUGGAGCCGAGGACUCCAAUGACGAGAACGCUGUCUGUGCCUCCAAGAGUUGCCUGAGACCCUGCAAGGACAAGGUGGACUGGGUUCAGUGCGACGGUGGCUGCGAUGAGUGGUUCCACCAGGUGUGUGUGGGCGUGACCUGCGAGAUGGCGGAGAACGAGGAUUACAUCUGCAUCGACUGCACCCGCAAGUCGGCCAUCUUGAGCGGCAGCGUUGUGGGGAGCGCGGGCAUCGGAGACAUCGGCGCCACCACCGCGGUGAAGGUGGAGAGCGUUUUCGAGGAGACUGUGGUGCUGGCUGCCCCCAUCUGCGGCGGGCAAGGCCAGAUCGUCCUGCCCGCAGCCCAGACCCAAAUGAUGCCGCCGCCCCUUUCCCUCCCGCAGCAGCAGAAGCCGAACACUCAGGAGAGUAGCUAGCGCACGGCCAUGGCCAUGACCACACACACAAACACACACGCCAUGACCAAGACCGCCAGAACAGUUGAUGCUUGACGUAUUGUGACCUACGCGUUUCCCUCCUCUUGCCUGACUACCUAGAGGGGCACAAAGGGGCUUCAUGAUAACGGGGAGUCCUUCAAAACUGGAUGAUGUUACUUCUGUGAAAGUGAUCCUACAGAGGAAUCACAUGCUUUGGUAGACACCUUGUGGUCUGAAUGAAGCGGGAUGUCGUUCCACAGACUUGAAGUCCAGUUGAUGACUGGAUUGUGAAGAAGGAAAAAAGAGGGGUCAACGAUAAGACUGAAAGCCACUGAAUGUCUAUUCUCAUGGAACUGAUUUGUUUGCUGCGUAUUUUCCUCUGAUGGUUGGUUUGAAGGCCUAACAAUCUAGACAAUGGUGGAAAACCUCAGAGCGGGUUGAACAGCGCACCUACAAAUGACCAUGGGAGAUCUUGUGAGUUUCAGUUUUGGGUCUAGAACAUCAUCUACCAGCUCUUCGCCCCGGAACUAAAACUCACACAGCAUCCACAGUGCUCACCUUGCUCUGCUGGUGUCAUUGGUGCAACCAUGCAAACGUGGUUAAAAGUAGUCUUCAUCCUUCUCUGAAGCCAGUCUGCUUCAGGCCUACUGAUGUUUGAAACUUGGGACAGCCGUCAUGAUAACUUUGACCCUCAAGUGGCGCCCUUUUACCCAUGUAGUGCACUACUUUUGACCAGGGCCUAUUUGGGAUGCCCCCUAACACUCUGUACCCUCUCUUCUUGGCCCCAAACAGUAAUAACUGCUCAAUAUGUAGGACUAGGAACGAUGGUUGUAUGUAGUGAUACGUAUUUAUAAUGUAUAUAGGUUUUAAGCGAUUCAAUGACUGGAUGUGUUUUUGUUUUCUCACCUUUAAUAAAUGAUUCCUAGUCAAAUGAGUUAGGAACAGUG